CUUCAUGUUUAAUUUCCCAGUACUUUCCAUGCAUUAAAAAUGGCGAGAGAAAGCAUGGAGGAAGAAGAAUUAUUGCCAAGGUCUACAAUUGUAGACGAAGGAAAGGCCGUCAGAUAUGUUGGAGACAGGGGAGCAGCCACGCCUGUUGUUGUACUUAGCACCAUGGUCGCCCUCUGCGGUUCACUCUGCGUAGGCUGCGCUUCAGGAUAUUCAUCAGCUGCUGAAUCCGGAAUCAUGGAAGAUUUGGGUCUGUCUGUGGCUGAUUAUUCAGUUUUUGGUUCUACACUAACCAUUGGAGGAGUUAUAGGGGCAUUGUUAAAUGGAAAGAUAGCGGAUGUUAUUGGUCGAAGAGGAGCAAUGUGGUUCUCGGAAAUAUUCGGCCUUGCAGAAUGCUUGGUGGUUGGAUCUGGGAAGACUGUCCCUUGGUAUUGGCGUGGCGUUAUUUCCUAUGUGGUACCUGUAUACAUUGCAGAAAUAACACCUAAGAAUCUUAGGGGACAAUUUACAUCAGCUUAUCAGCUGUUGAUUUGUUGCGGCAUUUCACUUAUGUAUUUCAUUGGAAAUAUCGUUUCCUGGCGCACCUUGGCUUUAAUUGGUGCUAUUCCAAGUUUAGUACAAAUUGUGGGACUAUUUUUUGUUCCAGAGUCUCCUAGAUGGUUGGCAAAAAUAGGUAAAGAACCAGAACUUGAAGCUGCUCUACAGCGUCUUCGGGGGAAGAAUGCUGAUAUCUCACAAGAAGCAGCUGAUAUCAAAGAUUUUACAGAAACCAUUCAAAAGCAUUCAGAAGCUAGAAUUCUGGACUUGUUCCAACGUAGAUAUGUUCAUUCCCUCAUUGUUGGACUUGGGUUGAUGAUACUGCAACAAUUGGGAGGGGCCAAUGCAAUUGCUUUUUAUGCAAGCUCUAUAUUUUUAGAAGCUGGUUUUUCAAGUAGCAUUGGGACUAUAUCAAUGGCUAUCAUCCAGAUUCCGUCUGCCGCUGUGGGUGUUAUCUUGGCAGAUAGAUCAGGCAGACGACCACUUCUUUUGGUCUCUGCUGCUGGAAUGUGCUUCAGCUGCUUCCUUGUAGGCUUGUCAUUCUGCUUUCAGGACAUCAACCAGUUGAAAGUGCUCACUCCCAUGUUGGUACUAAUUGGGAUCCUGGGGUACAGUGUGGCUUACACAUUAGGUAUGGGAGGAUUACCAUGGGUUAUAAUGUCAGAGAUAUUCCCUAUAAACGUCAAGGGAACAAGUGGAAGCCUCUUGACUUUAGUGCACGGGUCUUGCUCUUGGAUUACCUCAUACACUUUCAAUUUUAUGAUGGAAUGGAGUACAUCAGGAUUUACAUCAGCUGCUGAAUCCGGAAUCAUGGAAGAUUUGGGCCUGUCUGUGGCUGCAUAUUCACUUUUUGGUUCUACCCUAACUAUUGGAGGAGUUAUAGGUGCAUUGUUAAAUGGAAAGAUAACGGAUAUUAUUGGUCGAAAAGGUGCGAUGUGGUUCUCUGAAAUAUUCAGCUUUGCAGGUUGGCUUGCUAUAGCAUUUGCAAAGAAUGCUUGGUGGUUGGAUCUGGGAAGACUGUCCCUUGGUAUUGGCGUUGGCGUUAUUUGCUAUGUGGUACCUGUAUAUAUUGCAGAAAUAACACCUAGGAAUCUUAGGGGACAAUUUACAUCAGCUUAUCAGCUGUUGGUUUGUUGCGGCAUUUCACUUAUGUAUUUCAUUGGAAAUAUCGUUACCUGGCGCACCUUGGCUUUAAUUGGUGCUAUUCCAUGUUUAGUACAACUUGUGGGAUUGUUUUUUGUUCCAGAGUCUCCUAGAUGGUUGGCAAAAAUUGGUAAAGAACCAGAACUUGAAGCUGCUCUACAGCGUCUUCGGGGGAAGAAUGCUGAUAUCUCACAAGAAGCGAUUUUACAGAAACCCUUCAAAAGCAUUCAGAAGCUAGAACUCUGGACUUGUUCCAACGUAGAUAUGUUCAUUCCCUCAUUGUUGGACUUGGGUUGAUGAUACUGCAACAAUUGGGAGGGGCCAAUGCAAUUGCUUUUUAUGCAAGCUCUAUAUUUUUAGAAGCUGGUUUUUCAAGUAGCAUUGGGACUAUAUCAAUGGCUAUCAUCCAGAUUCCGUCUGCCGCUGUGGGUGUUAUCUUGGCAGAUAGAUCAGGCAGACGACCACUUCUUUUGGUCUCUGCUGCUGGAAUGUGCUUCAGCUGCUUCCUUGUAGGCUUGUCAUUCUGCUUUCAGGACAUCAACCAGUUGAAAGAGCUCACUCCCAUGUUGGUGCUAAUUGGGAUCCUGGGGUACAGUGUGGCUUACACAUUAGGUAUGGGAGGAUUACCAUGGGUUAUAAUGUCAGAGAUAUUCCCUAUAAACGUCAAGGGAACAAGUGGAAGCCUCUUGACUUUAGUGCACGGGUCUUGCUCUUGGAUUACCUCGUACACUUUCAAUUUUAUGAUGGAAUGGAGUACAUCAGGAUUUACAUCAGCUGCUGAAUCCGGAAUCAUGGAAGAUUUGGGCCUGUCUGUGGCUGCAUACUCACUUUUUGGUUCUACCCUAACUAUUGGAGGAGUUAUAGGUGCAUUGUUAAAUGGAAAGAUAACGGAUAUUAUUGGUCGAAAAGGUGCGAUGUGGUUCUCUGAAAUAUUCAGCUUUGCAGGUUGGCUUGCUAUAGCAUUUGCAAAGAAUGCUUGGUGGUUGGAUCUGGGAAGACUGUCCCUUGGUAUUGGCGUUGGCGUUAUUUCCUAUGUGGUACCUGUAUACAUUGCAGAAAUAACACCUAGGAAUCUUAGGGGACAAUUUACAUCAGCUUAUCAGCUGUUGAUUUGUUGCGGCAUUUCACUUAUGUAUUUCAUUGGAAAUAUCGUUUCCUGGCGCACCUUGGCUUUAAUUGGUGCUAUUCCAUGUUUAGUACAACUUGUGGGAUUGUUUUUUGUUCCAGAGUCUCCUAGAUGGUUGGCAAAAAUUGGUAAAGAACCAGAACUUGAAGCUGCUCUACAGCGUCUUCGGGGGAAGAAUGCUGAUAUCUCACAAGAAGCUGCUGAUAUUAGAGAUUUUACAGAAACCUUUCAAAAGCAUUCAGAAACUAGAAUUCUGGACUUGUUCCAACAGAGAUAUGUUCAUACCCUCAUUGUUGGACUUGGGUUGAUGAUACUGCAACAAUUGGGAGGGUGCAAUGCAAUUGCUUUUUAUGCAAGCUCUAUAUUUUUAGAAGCUGGUUUUUCAAGUAGCAUUGGGACUAUAUCAAUGGCUAUCAUCCAGAUUCCGUCUGCCGCUGUGGGUGUUAUGUUGGCAGAUAGAUCAGGCAGACGACCACUGCUUUUGGUCUCUGCUGCUGGAAUGUGCUUCAGUUGCUUCCUUGUAGGCUUGUCAUUCUGCUUUCAGGACAUCAACCAGUUGAAAGAGCUCACUCCCGUGUUGGUGCUAAUUGGGAUCCUGGGGUUCAGUGUGGCAUACACAUUAGGUAUGGCAGGAUUACCAUGGGUUAUAAUGUCAGAGAUAUUCCCUAUAAACGUCAAGGGUACAGGUGGAAGCCUCUUGACUUUAGUGAACUGGUCUUGCUCUUGGAUUAUCUCAUACACUUUCAAUUUUAUGAUGGAAUGGAGUACAUCAGGCACAUUUUUCAUAUUCUCGGGCAUUUGUGGUUUUACUGUCUUAUUCGUCGCAAAAUUUGUACCAGAGACUAAAGGGCGAGCCUUGGAAGAAAUACAAGCAUCAAUGGCACAUUUCUUGUAAUAAGAAGUAUUUCUUUCUAAUUGAUGGGAGGAAAUAAAAUGAUGCUCGAAAUGAUGUUUCUCUGCUUCACCGUCCCAAAUGGUGUCUCGUCUGCCACUAUACAUCUACCUUUUAGUCUCCUCAUAGGAACUAAGUUAAAAAUGAUUCUCUUUGUUGAUACUUAUAAUGUCUACCAAGUGCCGCUACAACCAGCAUUGUUGGCAGCUUUCCUGAUUGACUUCUUCGCCUUCAAGAAUCUCCUCCUAAGUUGCAUCUGGAUUAAUGUCAAGAUUUGAUUUUCUUUUUGGUCUCUUGUACUAUUAAAUCUUUUUUACAUGCCAUGAGGUAUAUGCAUAAUUUAUUCGUGAUCA